AUGGCACACGCGGCUCGCAUCGCGCGGCAGGCCGUGCAGGCCGCGACGAGCGCGCGCGUGCGAUUCUCCACGGAGGCGGCGAAAGCCUCGCGCGAGACGCUGCUGGUGGAGGACGACGCGGCGCUGCGCAAGUACAACCCGCAGAAGGCCGCCAUGGCCGCCUGCAACACCGUUGGUAACGCCGUCACGGCGCUCGUGCUCGCAGCGGCAGCCGUGGACCUGUCGUACCGCGUCAUGAACGCGCGCACGGACCACAGCGACGAGGAGGCGAGCAGCGGCGGCGAGGAGGCGCGCGACGAGGCGCAGCUGGGCGAGCUGCUCCCCGUGGCCGGCGCCGAGUGGCUCGCGGACGCGCCGCACGCGGAAGUCGCGCAGGCGGAAACUGGUGAGGCGAAUACUAGGCAGGCGGUAACGGGUCAGGCGGAAAGCAGGGAGGCGGAAACGGGGCAGGUGGAAACGAGGGGAGCGGAAACUAUGGGGGCGGAAACGAGGGGAGCGGAAAUGAGGGGGGCGGAAACGAGGGGGGCGGAAACGAGAGGGGGGGAGGUGGAGAGGGAAAGGGCGGAGCAGGCGCAAGGAGCGAGUGGAGCUGCUGACGCCCAUGGCGCGCCGUCGGCACUGGCGACGCCGCACCCUGCACGUGCUCCCGCUGGUGCCACCGCGGCACGCGAGGCGCGCACAGCGCCCGCGCAAGUGGAGGCGACUGGCGGAGGGGCGGGGCUGUCGCUGCCUGGCGUGAACGCGCUCGCUGCAGCUCGGGAAGGGGAAGAGGAAGAGGAACGGGGGGCAGGGGAAGGAGAAGGGGAAAGGAGGGAAGGGAAAGGGGAAGAGAAGAAAGGGGAAGAAAAAAAAGUGGAAGGGGAAGGAGAGGAAGGGGAGGGAGAGGGAGGAGAGAAAGGUGAAGGAGAGGGAGGGGAAGGGGAGAAGGCGGGUGGAAAUGACGAGGGGCGGGGCGAGCAGCGCGCAGGCAGUGAGGGCGAGACGGGGCUCCGCGCGCGCCACCUGCUGGCGCUGCUCAAGGCGGCCGCUGCUGCUGGCGGGCGCUGUUGGCUGCCCGUGAGGUGCGCUGGCGAGGCGGGUGACAGCGACAGCACGGGGCAGGGCGGAGGAGGGGAGAGCGAGCAGGGGCGGCGGGUGGUGGCGGCGUUCCUGCGCGCGCGCGAGGCGGGCGCAGUGGUGGCGCGGGGGAGGGCGGGGCGAAGCGAGGAGAGGGCGCGGAGGAGGCGGAGGCGCGCAGGAAGGGGUGGGCGCGUGGGGAGGGGGCGCUGGCCGGGGGAAAGGGGCGCGAGGCGAGAUGGCGGAGCAGGCAGGGGAGGGGACGUGGAAGCGGGGAAUGGAGUGGUUGAAGGCGACGAGGGGCGGCGAGAAGGGGGUGCGCGCAUGGAUGAGGAGACGGGCCAUGGUGGCGAUGAUAAUGAGGGGGGCAGCAGCGACGGCGGCGAGUGCAGCGACGGGCUGGAGGAGCUGCUGGCCGUGGCGGGGUUCGACCGCUGCGAGGACGCCCAGGUGGCGGGGGAGCAGGAUGGAGAGGCGAGCCGUGUUGCAGCGAGCAUGGUGGCGGUGCUGCCCCGGCUGGCCCGCGUGCAGCACCGAGCUGAGUGGGCACACGACUCGGCAUGCGCCCUCCUUUCCGCCACCUACAUCGCUCCCCAUGCCUCUGCGCCUGCUGGCGCGGCGAGGGGGCAGGGAGAGCGUGCGGAUGCACUCGUGCUGCGCCGCCGCGACCGGCAGGCCAGCGAGUUGCGGCGGAGGAGCAGGCUGGCCGCGGCAGCUGAGGCUGCAGCGGCGGCACGGAGGGCGGCGGGCGGUGCGGCGCACUCACGUGACGGACUGAGAGAGAGACGGCUGCGAGAGCGGGAGGAGAGGGUGCGGAGGCGAGCAGGGGGACAGGGAGGGGAGAAGAAGGCGGCGCUUGAUGCGCGUGGCAGGGCGAUGGAUGCGCGUGGCAGGGCGAUGGAUGCAGGUGCGGAGGAGGGCGGCAUGGGGUUGGCAGGCGAAGGCGGCAGGCGCGGUGUGACGCGUGCGGGCGCACUGCAUGGUGGGCGCAUGCACUGGCGUGAGCGACAGCGCGGACAGGGAGGGGCGGAGGGUGGUCAGGGUGUGAGGCGGACAAGAGGCAGAGAGAAUGGGAUUGUGCGGGUGAUUGAGCAAGUGGUGAGGGAAGAGGCGGGGGUGAGUGAGAGCGAGUCCGAUGGGCUGGAGGGGGAGAUGAAGGAAGAGGUGGAGGAGGGAAGAAAGAGAUUGAGGCAAUGGGGGAGUGAGGGCGGUGGGGGGAGGACGAGACAGGAGCGGAAAGGGCGAGGUGGUGUGAGGGGAAGAAGGGCAGAUGAGCGAGCAGGUGUGGAGGGCUGCAGGGACGUGGAGAGCGUGAGUGAGGCAGGGAGUGGUGGAGAGGAGAGGGUUGGCAGGAAGGGAACACUAGGAGAUACGGGUAGUGAGAAGGGACGGGUAAGUGAGGAGAGGGGAAGAGCGGAGAGAAGUGAGGAGGAGCGGGUGAGAGAUGGAGAUGUGAGGGGCAGGCCCGUUGACUCGGGGUCGCGUCCUCCCCGGCAGCCCGUGAGGGAUGUGGCAGGCAAGUUCGCUCCAUGCAGUGGGGUGGAGGAGACGGGAGGGAGGAAGAAGCGAAGGAGAGGCGACGACGAGGAACGAGCGGCAGCAGUGGCAGAGGGUGAGGCAGCAGCAGGGGUGGCAGUGGGAAGUGGUGGUGGCGGUGCAGCGGAGGCGGGCUCGUCCCUGCGGGCCACGGUGCGGGGGGGGCUGCGGGCCAUGGGGCUGUAUGAGGGCAAGCGCGGCAUCAAGGAGGAGCUGCGACGCCAGCAGAGGGGCGUGGCAGCCAGUGCCAUGCGCGCCGUGCAGGAGAGCCGAAGGGAGGAGGAGCGCGCAGUGCGGGCCAUGCGCGCCGUGGAAGCGGCGCAGGUGGUUCGGGUGGCGGCGGUGCAGGCGGCCUGUGACGCGCGCAUCAACGCCUUCAUGCACCAGCUGUUCCGAGACAUUAGCGCUCUGUGA